AUGUCUGACGAAAGAACUUUUAUUGCUAUCAAGCCAGAUGGUGUCCAAAGAGGCCUCAUCAACUCUAUCAUCGGUAGAUUUGAAAACAGAGGUUUCAAGUUGGUCGGUAUUAAGUUGUGUCAACCAACCGAAGCUUUGUUGAGAGAACACUACGAUGACUUGCAAUCCAAGCCAUUCUUCCCAUCCUUGUUGUCCUACAUGUUGUCUGGUCCAGUUUUGGCCACCGUCUGGGAAGGUAAGGACGUUGUCAAGCAAGGUCGUGUUAUCUUGGGUGCCACCAACCCAUUGCAAUCUGCUCCAGGUACCAUCAGAGGUGACUUCGCCAUUGACAUGGGUAGAAACGUUUGUCACGGUUCUGACUCUGUUGAAUCCGCUAACAAGGAAAUUGCUUUGUGGUUCAAGAAGGAAGAAUUGGUUGAAUACAAGCCAGCUAUGUUCGGUUGGAUCUACGAAUAA